UCCUCCUUCUCGCUGCAACAACAACAACCUCCGCUAGCGGCUAAACAUGGCGGCUGCGACGGUAGCGGGUCUAGAGCCCCAUCGGAUGGAGGAGAAGAAGUUCGAGUACUUCUCCUCCAUCAACUCCAUGGCGAAGAAAAUAAUGCAGGAGCGGGAGAAAAUCAAAGAAAAUCACGGCUCGUCUUGGGAGAAAAUGACGCCGCAGGAACAGGACACGGCCAUCGACAACUGGAUGAUGGACCCGCACAUCCGAGCCCGAUACGCGAUGCACCGAGUGGACCGAGAAGAGGUGGUGUGUUACCCCAAACUGCUCAUCCAGACCGGCCAGAAGAUAGUCCACUUCGGGGAGGAGGAUAUUACCUGGCAAGAUGAGCAUUCUGCCCCCUUCUCAUGGGAAACAAAGAGUCAGUUAGACUUCAGCUUGACAUCAGGCUCUAUAGAGCAGGGCAUCUCCGCCUCACAAGCAGAUUCAAAGGCUGCCAAGCAUUCAAGCCAGAUUGGCAAGAAUACACCAGGAAAUAAGGUGUCGGUCAGCGAAGGACGAAAACAAGAGGAGGAGUCGUCUUUCUGGAAGAUCAGCGCUGAGAGGUCCAGGUUGGAGGGAGAACAGGCAGACUUCCAUUCCCUGACCCCCAGUCAGAUCAAAUCCCUGGAGAAAGGAGAGAAGCCCCUCCCCUCCUACCUCCGACAGGAGACGUCUGUUUCUAAGGAACCAGAACUAGUAGAACCUCCCCAUCCUCCAGCUCCGGCUCCAACCAGAUCCACCAAACAGCGAGCGCCCAAACCCCCCGCUCCGCAGCCGCCUGUCUCCAUCCCCGUCGCCGUCAGCGCCACGCCGGCAUCCAUCUCCAUUUCCACGAACCCGGCGCCGCCCAUCAGCGUGUCGUCGUCGGUCGCGGGCUGGGAACGUUCUCAGAGCACCCUGCCGUCUGUCAGCAACACCGUGGACGACGUGUUCUCGUCCAGCCCCAUGUCCAAGUCCUCCAACGUCUCCGCCGCCAUGGAAAAGAAGGAGGAGGAGGGUACAUCCGGCUUCGACACCAGCCCCACAUUUUCCCAGUUCAACACCAGCAGCAGCAUCCUGAAGACGGGAUUCGACUUCCUGGACAACUGGUAAAACCUGCCGCCGUGGCCCCGCCCCCUCCCCCGUCGCUCUGAAGGACCACACUGCCACGACUCCGCUAUUUCCACGUCUAGGUUUCAGACGCACCGCCUUUGAGAUGCCCACGUCACGUCUUCAGCGGCUUCUUUAGACACCGCCUCGAUGCUGGCACCCCCUCCCCCCCCCCUUUUUUUUUUUUAGAAAAGUAGGAUUUUUCCGAAUAAUCUGCCAAACAUUCCCUUCCUGUCACAGUUUUAGAA